AUGCUGGGCACUUCGUUCUUUAAGCAAACGGACUGGACCUACACCAUUCCCGGUACUGCUAGUUCCGAGCCCCGCGCAGCCCGUAACUGCAUGUGGGCGCGAGCUCUUCAUUACAUGCCUUUACCCGCCGAAAGGCCUGGAUCACUGGCAGGACUAUCCGCUCCGACUACGGGCGCUGCCAUCGAGAAGGGCAUCCUCCCGCCCGCCGACAAUGGCCGCAUCCCCUUACGAGCGAAAGUCGCCGUCUACCACCUCAUCUUCACUCCAGCAACGGCAGAAGAUAAAGCCUCGCAGAUGGCGUUUGUGCGCGAGAACUGCGGCCGACCAGGCUGGCACGUUUACCUCAGCAUCUUCAUCGCCGAGCUCUCCGGCAUCAUUAUCUUUGCCGUCAUCUACGCCAUCGGCCGAUCACUCUGGUGCCUUAUCUGGCUAGCCCCGCUGCUCCUCCGCCUCCUGAGCGCCUUCUUCGCCCUCGACCGCGAGCCUCUCACCCCUAUCUCCUCCUCCAUCUCAUCGCCAUCAACCACGCCGACCACCGGACCCGAAUCACCUCGUGAUUUCAUCCUGCACUUCCCCCAAUCCCAAGGCGGCGACCUCAUGCUGUUCACCGGUCUCUCAGCCAUCGUGCAGCAGUUCUUCCGACACUAUGGCCACCCAGUCCGGAACCGAACCCGGGAGAUUCUCCAGCUGUUCAUUAUAGCGCUUUUCGCCGCUCUAUUUCCGCUAGGAUUGCUGGCCUCGACUCUCUGGAUGCCGCCGCUGGUUCAGUACGCGUGGACCUGCUACCAGCUAUACAUUGUCAUGACGAUGCAUAUAGUCCGCUACACGUCGUUUGGACGGGACACGAGCACGGAAUCUAAGAUCGCUGAUUACCUGGCGGAUCGGCCGGCGAUUCUUUUUUGGGGAGAAGAGGCAUGGGGCUGA